AUGCCUUGCUCAGCGGUAACUUUGUCUAUAGCGACCAUUACAGCAAUCAUUGCUGCUGCUCUUAUGGCAAUAGCAUUUACAACAGACAACUGGCUUUAUGUCGAAGUUAAGCGUAGUAACAUACAGACGUACGUGACAGAGAACACUGACAUCAAUUCGCAAGCGAUCCUGGACAGUUUAAAUACCAAGUACUACUUCUUCACAAGGACGCGGGGUUUAUUCCGUAUCUGCUACCCCAAGGAGCGACCGAAUACUGUUGAAAUUUACCUAUCGCCUGUCGAGACUCACUGUAGUAAUGUCGACUACUUCGUGCCAGAUGAGAACAACGAAACCAAAGGACUUUCAGACGACGCUAUGAACAGGCUGCACAUGGCUCGUUCCACGGUGGCGCUGUUCAUAGUCGCGUUCCUGUUCCUCUUCAUAGCCUUCUGGACCGGGGUCGUGGGCUGCUGGAAGAGGAGCCCUGGGAAUAUUACCGCCACCGCUAUACUUAUGCUCGUCACUUGUUUACUGUCAGCCGGGGCCAUGGCGUUAUGGCACGCUGUUGAAUUUUACGAGAAGGAGAAAGUUGUUGGAGAAGAAUACUAUCAGCAGUGGCCCAAUGUGUUAAAAGACAACUCCUCAAUAUGGUACGACUGGUCGUACAUUCUCGCCUGGUUGUCUGUAGCCGUGUCCUUCGGCAGCUCUGUGUUAUUCUUCUCAGCAGCCAUUUGUCUGAGCAAAGAGAAGAGACGCGAACAACAGAAUAACAUAUUGCGUGAUAACGCUCGCGUGUGGUACGACUGGUCGUACAUGGUAGCGUGGUGCGGCGUCGGUCUGUCGCUGAUGUCCGCCAUCUUGUUCUCCUCGGCCGCCAUCUGUCUGCGCGGGGAACGCGAGCGAGAGGAGGCGCUUAACAUGCAGUACCUCAUGCCGGUGUACCCUCAAAAGCAGCAAUACGCGUACGCGGGCUACCCUCCGCCCCAGGCGUAUCCCGGGCCAUAUUACCACGGCUCUCAAUACGGACCUUAUAACUACUGA